UGCUCAACUGCCCGGAUGACAGGGGAAUUUGAAAAACAAUGGACUGUAAAAACCGGCGGUUGUAGCUAAAAGAGCUAACUAGUGUUGUGAUAUAAAUUGGAAACUUAAAUUCGGCAAAUGAUAAUACAAGUUAGAUAAUUCUGCAACGCCAGGUUUGUCCCUGCGACCAGCAGUCUAGUCAUUUUUGGUGUUAGUGGACCAGGACAGGACCACCAUGCAGCAGCACCCACCAGGGGCAGGAGGGUGCUUCUUGGGUAUGCUGUCCCCUGGCCAUGGGGCAAGAAAGCUGGAAGGGAAAUCUUUCUACCUGGACGCUGUGAAGAGUCGCCCUGCGGCCUUUCUUGCCGAGGCCAUAUCCCGUCUCGGAGGGAGAAUUGAGAGUUUCCUGAAUAAGGAUGUCAGCUUUGUUGUGACUGGGAGCCGAGAGGGACUCCGAAGCGAGAGUUUCGUAGUGACCCGAGGUGGGUCAGACGGGAUGACCGGGGAGUGUCACAGCUCUCCCCGCUCCACCAAACCGAGAGAGAGCAUCAUGACCAGCACCAGGCAGCAGCGUCCAGCCACUGGCACUCCCAGACCAAUGGUGUGUGGCAGCCGCGGGAAGGCCCUGCUAGAGAAAGCCAUUAGGAAUAAUGAACGGCUUCAGGGGAACAGUGUUUUGGCCAAUGCCCGCUCCUGGGGAGUCAAGAUAGUGCACGUGGACGAUCUCCUGACGCAUGUCCAACUGUUGACAGCGGAGAGCUCCAAGGCCAAACGCAGGAAAACUGAGCUGAAAAAUCCCAAGUAUCCUGCUGUGUCUCGUGUCAUCAAAGCUGGUGCUUUGAAGUCCCCCUAUCUGAAGGUAGAGGAUUCAAGCAGGAAAUACAAGGCCCUGCACAUGCAGUCCAUGACCUUCCCCACUCUAUGCUACUCUGGCCGGUUCAGUCCUUUUGAGCCCCCUGCACCCCCCCAGCCUGAGAGAGUCAAGGAGCAGGAACAAAACAAAGCCAGACAGAUAAUUAAGAGUUUGAGUACAAGCCAGGACAAACCUCGAAGCCCUCUCCCACGCAACCCCUCACUUUGCCGGGCACGCAAAAAGAACCUGGGCUACUGCGAGUGCUGUCAUGAACCCUUUAAGGACCAGGAUGAGCACUUGCAGUCGGCUCAGCAUCGUGGCUUUGUGCAGGACCCCUCCCACUACAGCCUGGUGGACCAGCUGGUGGCUGACAUGGAGCCGGGCUUCGCCCCCUGUCCAGCCCCAGAGUCAGCAGCCACAACACUGCUCAGGUUGGAGACUCCCCCACUUCUACUACAACUGCCCCACAGCCCCUCUGAGAUGCAGACGCACAGUGAGACGGAGCACGCCAUCCAGGCUCUGCUUACCCAAGGCUCACCGAUCAACACCCUGGACCCAGAUCCAAGCCCUCCCACUCCGAGCCUAGUCCCCCUGUCAUCCCAUGCCCAGCCUCUCUCCCCCUGCCCUGACACCCUCAGCCUACUCCUCCUGCCAUCCCUCCCCCAGCCUCUCUCCUCCUGCCCUGACAACCACCCUCCCUCCCCUGACACCCUUUGUCAGUCCCCCACCCUAGCCCCCCUACCAAACCACUCCCAGCCCCUCUCCCCCUGCCCCAACACCCAAUGCCAGCCCCCAAGCCCCUACUCCCAGCCUCCCACCCCUAACUUAUCCCCCAUAUCAUCUAACCCCCAACUACUCUUCCCUUGCCCUGACACCCUAUGCCAGCCCCCCAGUCCCUACUCCCAUCCUCCUGUCCUCAGCCCUAAAACCAUGUUUCCCUUUGAGCCCAUGUCCCAACCCGACAGCCCCUACUCUCAGCCCCCAGUCCUCAGCCCCCAGGUCCUGCUUCGGUCCCCCACUCCUCACCAUCCCACAGAGGAGGAAGAUAUGGAGAUUGACAGCCAUCUGUCAGCAUCCGCAGAGGUGGAACCAGUCCCUCAGACUGUCCCAGUUCGGUCUCGCUCCCUUCCUCGGCUCUGGAUCACUGCAGCGAACCAGAAGAAACGCAGCCGAUCAGUCAGUCCUGACACCAAGGCCAGCAAGAGGAGAAGGACCUCCCUGGCCAACCGUCACAAAUCAAAACCCAUCUGGGGCUUCAACAGUGCUGGAUGGACAAGGAAGGAACACCAGCCCUUAGUCCCAUCCACAUAUACUGGCAAUGGACAUGAGCUUGUGGCUAAGGCCUGCUCCCUGCCCAAAGAACUAGGAACUGCAGAACAAAGACAAACCACAGAUCAGCUGGAAGUGAAGGGAAUAUCACUGGUGCCAACAAUAACACAAGAGAGAAUAAACAAAGUUGGGAGCGGUGUGGGCAUCCGAGCAGCCAACCACUGUCACUCUGUGUCCAUGUGUGGUCCGGACCAUGCAAUAUGUCCUUUGUUGAAGGUGGACAAGAUAACCAGUUGGCCUCCAGUGGAAGUGUUUGAUACAAACCGCCAUUCUUUUGCCACAUCCGCUCGCUCUUAUACAAGGAGCUUCCCAAGGCUUCCCGUGAAGUCCACAGGCAAUCCGUCAGGUCAUAUGGAUCAUUCCAUCUUCAUGGACGGGGGUGUUCUACAGCAGCACUCCACAGUGACUCCAAACAUCAUUGCUUCUUUCCCUCCCCAGCUUCUUCACCACCCUUCAGAUAGACCAACCCACUGCCCCGCCUCCAGCCAGGACUCCAACCGCUGCCACUCCCAGUCAGUCACCUCCAUCUGUAUCGAGUCUGCCCUGCUUCCCGACCUGGCCAUCCCCUCUGACUCGGACUCGGACUGGGAAUGCGAUCUCAUGUCCCGCCUCGGCCCCACUGCCGCCACCUCCGCCCCUUCCACCCUUUCCCUCCCGCAACCAGCGGGGAGCCACCACCAGCAGCUGGACUUGGAGCUACUACAGAGACCCUGCAGCACCUGGACGCUGCACGACACCAGCUAUGAGUCGCAUCUGUGCGCUGUGUUGCAGCAGCCCCUCACCCCGCCGCCGGACCCCCCUCUAGUGUUUUCCAGGAAAGUAAUGCAAAGUCUAGAAGUGACUCAGCUCUGACUCGGGAAUGACGGAAGAAGGGUUGGUUACUUGACCCAUCGAAGUCCCAAUACACAAACUGUUUGACCUACGUGGUUUUACAUAUGAAGUCGUCAAACAAAGUGGACAGACAUAACAAACAUCGCAACUAAAUAACAUUGACGUUGAAGCUUGUAUUUGUCAGGCAUCUCCCCAAAACUCUACGGAUUAUUCAAGAUGUAUUACUGCAGAAUGCCGCAAUUACAUCCUUAUAACACUGACUUACGAGGACCUGAUGAGGAUCCUAUGGCCUUGUGUUUCUGGGCCCAUCCCUGAUCCAUUAAUAAUUAAAGCACCCAGGCCAUAUUUUGUCUCAUGCAGACUUUUGUCUUUCAGCAGCAAUCUCCGGGAACAAGCAACGGUAUUGAGAAUUUAAUGAGUCUCUGCUGGAGGGGGCAUUACUCAAUUAGUUUAAGUGCUGCGUCUGGAUCGGCUCCCAGUAGCGCCGGUGUUGAUGUUCAGAUGGGCUAAAGAGUUAAGUGAGUGAAGGACUCGACAGGACUCUGCAGUCCCAGCCAGAAACUCUGAUUAAUCCUGAAAGGGCUUCUUUGAAGGAGAUCCAACGAAAGGGACUGGAUGAGUGAAAGGGAUGUGGGGGCUUGCCACAGUGCACUCACCACUGAUGGGAUCUCCACCAUAUAUAUUCCUUUGACAACUGUUUCAUAAUAUUGUUUGCCGAUUAUAGAGUUCCAGACAUAUGAGGUGUGCUUGCAAGAACUGUUUUUUUCAGAGUUAAAAGGUUGGGACAAAAUGUCCCAAAAACUUCUGAUAAGUGAAGUGGAUGUUUGCAACAUUUUUGCCUCAUUGUGUUACUUUAAGCAUGUGUCUUUUUCCAAGUUCAACAAAAGACUGACUCCAGCUGAGUAUUUUAUUAUUUUUCUUCACUAAUUAUGUUGAAUAUGACAUUAUCUCAAACUGAAGAAUGGUUUUAUAAAAUGUGCUUUAUUUCUGAAAGGUUUGUCAGCGUUCAGCCUUUCACAAUGUGAAUGCAUAAUGUCUCAUGUUGGUUUUAACAAAUGUUUAAAAUGUAAAUAUAUACAGUACCAGUCAAAGGUUUGGACACACUUACUCAAUCAAGGGUUUUUCUUUGUUUUUACUAUUUUCUAUAUUGUAGAAUAAUUGUGAAGACAUCAAAACUAUGGAAUAACAUAUGGAAUCAUAUAGUAACCAAAAAAGUGUUAAACAAACCAAAUAUUGUAUAUUUGAAGUUCUUCAAAGUAGUCACCCUUUGCCUUGAUGAUAGCUUUGCACACUCUUGGAAUUCUCUCAACCAGAUUCACCUGGAAUGCUUUUCCAACAUUCUUGAAGGAGUUCCCACAUAUGCUGAGCACUUGUUCUUCACUCUGCGGUCCAACUCAUCCCAAACCAUCUCAUUUGGGUUGAGGUUGGGUGAUUGUGGAGGCCAGGUCAUCUGAUGCAGCACUCCGUCACUCUCCUUCUUGGUCAAAUAGCCGUUGCACAGCCUGGAGGUGUGUUUUGGGUCAUUGUCCUGUUGAAAAACAAAAUGAUUGUCCCACUAAGCACAAACCAGAUGGGAUGGCGUAUCGCUGCAGAAUGCUGUGGUAGCCAUGCUGGUUAAGUGUGCCUUGAAUUGUAAAUAAAUCAGUGUCACCAUCACACCACCUCUUCCAUACUUCACAGUGGGAACCACACGUGCGGAGAUCAUCCGUUCACCUACUCUGCGUCUCACAAAGACAUUGCGGUUGGAACCAAAAAUUUCACAUUUUGGACUCAUCAGACCAAGGACAGAUUUCCACUGGUCUAAUGUCCAUUGUUUGUGUUUCUUGGCCCAAGCAAGUCUCUUCUUCUUGGUGUUUUUUUGUUGUAGCAAUUUGACCAUGAAGGCCUGAUUCAGGCAGUCAGCUCUGAACAGUUGAUGUUGAGAUGUGUCUGUUACUUGAACGCUGAAGCAUAUAUUUGGACUGCAAUUUCUGAGGCUGGUAACUCUAAUGAGCUUAUCCUCUGCACCAGAGGUAACUCUGGGUCUUCCUUUCCUGUUGCGGUCCUCAUGAGAGCCAGUUUCAGCAUAGCGCUUGAUGUUUUUUUGCGACUGCACUUGAAGAAACUUUCAACGUUCUUUAACUUUUCAGUAUUGACUGACCAUGUCUUGAAGUUAAUGAUGGACUGUCGCUUCUCUUUGCUUAUUUGAGCUGUUCUUGCCAUAAUAUAGAUUUGGUCUUUUACCAAAUAGGGCUAGCUUCUGUAUACCACCCCUACCUUGUCACAACACAACUGAUUUGGCUCAAACGCAUUAAGAAGGAAAGAAAUUCCACAAAUGUACUUUUAACAAGGCACACCUGUUAAUUGAAAUGCAUUCCAGUUGACUACUUCAGGAAGCUGGUUGAGAGAAUGCCAAGAGUGUGCAAAGAUUGAAGAAUCAAAAUAUAUUGUAGAUAUGUGUAAUUUCUUAGUUUUGAUGUCUUCAGUAUUAUUCUACAAUGUAGAAAAUAGUAAAAAAUAAAGAAAAACCCUGGAAUGAGUAGGUGUGUCCACAUUUUUGACUGGUACUAUAUAUUUGCUAUAGUAUGCUUUUAGACUGGCUUUGCUUACGUGAGUGACUAGGUUCAAACCAUAUGUCAAUGGGACAAACCCGGGUCUCCUGUGUGCCACAGCAAUUGUCGUCUGCUGAGGAAGCUAACAAAGUAUUUUGAUACGCAGAAGACCCAGGUUUGAAACCAGUUAGUCACAUUGGUACUGUGGGUCUCUGCGAGGAAGUCAUAAGGGGUUGAAAUGUAACACCAGGUUGUUCGGUGAAUCACAUUAUGAAUAACCUUGCCUGAGACUUGAAGAAGACUUGCGUUAGCUUCCCGAGGUAAUACCUUGAAGGCUUUAUCCUGGAUAUGGCCAACAAUUCUAAUUUUUGACUGUAUGGCGGAAUUCAUUUGACAGUGUUUUAUUUUUAGGUAUAAUAAAAGUUUAAAUAUGUUCUAUGAUGGGAGUGACA